ACUUCUUGUCGCAGAGAGGUUUUAGCCGCAGAAGAAAGGGUUUACUCCGUGUUCUGUCUGAUCCUCAAAGCUAUGAUGACGACAACAACCAAUACCAUUGCUAUGCUUCACAACCUCGUCUUCACCGUUCCCAUCUCCCGCAUGGUCGUGCGCCGCUACUCCAUCACCACAACCGCCGCCGCAAUCUCCACCGCCACGACCGCCGUACCAUCUCUGAAACCGGCCUCUUCCAAACCGGCGCGUGCUCCGCACGUGGACUCUCAGGUCCUCCUCGGGAUGUCGGAGCCGGAGCUUCAACAGCUCGCUAUCAAACUCGGUCAAGAAGGAUACAGAGGGAAGCAGCUUCAUCAUCUUAUCUACAAGAGGAAGGCUAAACAAGUUGAAGACUUUAGCAACUUGCCGCAAACGUUUAGAAAAGAGCUUGUGGAAAGUGGGUACAAGGUGGGAAGAUCACCCAUUUACCAAACUGUUACUGCCACUGAUGGUACCAUUAAGCUGCUGUUGAAGCUUGAAGAUAACCUGUUGAUUGAAACAGUUGGUAUACCGGUCCAGGAAGAGAAGGGCAUAACGCGCCUCACUGCUUGUGUCUCUUCCCAGGUUGGAUGUCCACUGCGCUGCUCGUUUUGUGCUACGGGGAAAGGAGGGUUUUCCAGAAACCUUCAGAGACAUGAGAUCAUUGAGCAGGUGUUGGCUAUCGAGGAUGUGUUCAAGCACAGAGUGACAAAUGUGGUUUUCAUGGGAAUGGGUGAGCCCAUGUUGAACCUAAAGUCAGUGCUAGAUGCUCAUCGUUGUUUAAACAAGGACAUUGAAAUCGGGCAACGAAUGAUUACAAUAUCAACAGUUGGUGUACCGAACACAAUCAAGAAGCUUGCCGCUCAUAAGCUUCAGUCUACCUUAGCUGUCAGCUUACAUGCUCCAAACCAGAGUCUCCGGGAGAAGAUUGUACCAAGUGCCAAGGCUUAUCCCCUGGAAGCAAUUAUGAGUGAUUGUCGUGAUUACUUUCAAGAAACAAAUAGACGAGUCUCCUUCGAAUAUGCUCUUCUAGCUGGAGUCAAUGAUUCAGUUGAGAACGCUUUAGAACUCGCAGAGCUACUACGUGAAUGGGGCAAAACGUAUCACGUAAACUUGAUACCUUACAACCCUAUUGAAGGAUCAGAGUACAAGCGACCUUACAAGAAAGCGGUGUUGGCCUUUGCGGCUGCAUUGGAGUCGCGUAAGAUAACAGCAAGCGUGAGGCAAACAAGAGGGCUUGAAGCGAAUGCUGCUUGUGGUCAGCUGAGGAAUAAGUUCCAGAAAAGCCCUUUACUAGCUGAGACGGAUGGUCAAGAGUCUAAGCCAGAGGCAGAAGAAGCUGUUUCUUGUUGAUGUCCUGGAUUGGACACAUCUCCUGUUUUGCCAAUUGAAUGGCUUUGAAGAGGAGACUUGGUUCAAGUGAAACUUUGCCUUUUGGGUUGGUCAGUGCUCUGAGGAUGAAGGGACUGAAAAAGUACGUUAGAGAAGUGAGGACUUGGCUUUAUAGAUUAGGCUUAUGUCUAUGAUGUGUAUACUCCAGCGACGAGUGAGCAAAUUUAAAGAAUUGUUAUUCAGUGAAUGAUAUUAAAAGAUUUAAAUCCAUAAAAUUUGAAAAUGCACUU